ACAUCAAAGGGUCCAUACGGGAAGAAGCCCUUCAAGUGCUCUGACUCUGGGAAAAGCUUCAGUGAGCACUCACACUUUACAAACCAUCAGAAAAUACAUACAAGAGACACACCCCAUAAUUGCUCUGACUGUGGGAAAAACUUCAGUACAAACUCACACUUUGUUAUGCAUAGGAUGGCUCACACAGGAGAGAAGCCUUUCAAUUGCUCUGUGUGUGGGAAAACCUUCAGUCAGAAGUCAAACCUUGUUACCCAUAGGAGGACCCACACAAGAGAGAAACCCUUCAAUUGCUCUGACUGCGGGAAAAACUUCAGUAGUAGCUCAAACCUUGUUACCCAUACGAGGAGCCACACAGAGGAGAAGCCUUUCAAUUGCUCUGACUGCGGGAAAAGCUUCAGUCAGAUUUCACACCUUGUUAGACAUAGGAGGACCCAAACAGGGAAAAAACCCUUCUACUGCUCUGACUGCGGAAAAAGCUUCAGUAGUAACGCAGACCUUAUAACCCAUUGGUGGAGCCACACAGGAGAGAAACCUUUCAAUUGCUCUGACUGCGGGAAAAUCUUCAGUCACCGCUCAAGCCUUUUAAACCAUAAGAAGACCCACACAGGAAAGAAACUUUUCAAUUGCUCUGACUGUGGACAAAGCUUCAGUUUCAGCACUGACCUUGUUAGACAUAGGAUGACCCACACAGGAGAGAAACCCUUCAAUUGCUCUGACUGCGGGAAAAUCUUCAGUCACCGCUCAAGCCUUUUAAACCAUAAGAAGACCCACACAGGAAAGAAACUUUUCAAUUGCUCUGACUGUUGGAGUCAGUGCCUCUGUGUUACUAGCCAUCAGAAUACAUACAAGGGAGUCGCCUUAUAAAAGCUCUGAUUGAAGCCUUUUCUGCAAACACAAGUCAGACUUUGUUAAAGAUUAGACAGUCCACAGAGGGGAGAAGCCUAUAACCUGAGUUCCCUUUAAGCUGUCUGGCCAGGUGGCUGUGGUCCCAGAAGACCCCUUGGGGAGGGCCUCCUGGGGUACUGACCUGGCCACUGCCACUCACCUUUCUGCUCUCUGGGGCUUCUCACCACCCGGUCCUGCUGGGGCAGCUCCUUAGUCUCCCCUGGCCAAGACCCCGAGCUGAGAUUCCCACCCCCGACUCUGAGCAGCAGUACAGAUGCUGAACCUCUUCAGGUCUGAGGAGAGUGCAGUUUAGGGCCCAAUUUCCUGGGAUUGCAUUCCCCAAAUGGGAUCAAACCCCAAAGAAUGGGAUAAGCCCCAUUUAGCAAUGAAAGGGGAAUGUGCAUACUGAUUGCUCCCAUAGGUAGUAAUUGUUUACACUAGGCUUGAUAGUAAGUAAAAGUGGUUUUAUUAAGUACAAGCUGUAGGAUUUAAGUGGUGAUA